GUUCAUACGAAAAUCAUGAUGUACACAUUACAUUAAACUUAAUAUAUAUAUGAGAGAGAAGGAUAAAUCUUCAUGGAAAUAUUAUACAAAUGAGAUAUUUUUCUAUCUUCUACAUCAUUUCGUUUAAUUGGUAUACUUGUGUAACUUCUAUAUAUGGAACCAACCUAUCAUGAUUAGUUGUUAACAGGUACAAAAUUAUACUAUUUAAUAACAAUUAAUUUGUGAACAAUACUCAACUAUAAUGUAUUGUUUACAUUAAAUUAUAAAUGAUGUUUCUAAUGAUGUUUUACAAUGGAUAUUAGAAAAUUUCUCAAAGAAUCCGUAUAUAUAUGUAUCCUUAGGAAUUAUUAGAUAUAUUUGAAAAAAAAAAGAAAAAAGAAAGAAAAAUAUCCUCCAUCGAAAAGAAAAUUAUCCAUAGAAACAGUAUUGACUUGUUUAACUUAUUAAAUAGUUAGUUUAUAUAUAUAUAUAUUGGUUUCAUUCGGUCUUAAUAACAAUAACACAUUAUUGACGUCAGUGGAGAAACAAAAUAAAACAAACAAAAAAACAACAACAGCAACAACAACAAUUCAUAGAUUACAGUACAUUCCAGGAACUAUUGUAUCCUCUUCUUUCAACUGGUAACUUAUGCAGUUAUAUAUAAUGAACACUUAAAAUGCAAGUUGAUUUCAUACUAAAAUUCUUCAUUUAUACUUCAUUAUUAUUAAAUAUUUAUAUCAUUAAAUCUAUUCCGAUUAAUGAACCAAAUGUAUUUUAUGUAAAUGAUGAUACAAAUGAAGGUCAACGAAUAGGUCGUAUUACACAUUUCAAUAAUAAUAAUAAUAAUCAACCUAUCAAUUUUAAAACAGAUCAUUUCAAAGCUGUUAUUGUACGUGGUAAUCGUCCACCAGCUAUUUAUUUUCGUUUAGAUGAAAAUACUGGUGAUUUAUAUACACGUACUAUUAUUGAUCGUGAAGUAUUAUGUUUAAAACAAUAUCAAAUCAAUAAAAAUUUAAAUAAUAUACAAACUAAUUUAAAUAUUGAUUAUUCUCAAAUGAAUUAUCAAUAUAGAUCAAUAUUAUCAUCAAAUUCAAAAAUUAUAAAUCAAUGUAAAUUUACAUUUCAAAUAGCAUUACAUCGUAUAUUUGUAUCACAACAAUUAAAAAAUGAUCAUACAAUGGAAUUGAAUUAUCCUUAUUUACCAGAAUUUAUUGAUAUUCAUAUUAUAAUUAUUGAUCGUAAUGAUCAUAUUCCUACAUUUCAACCACAUUCAAUGAUUAAUUUAUCAAUACCAGAAUCAGUUCCAAUUGGUACACGUAUACAAUUACCAUUAGCAUAUGAUCCAGAUUCACCAGAAUUUAGUAUACAACGUUAUGAAUUAUAUCCUAUCACUAUAACUGAUUUUACAUUAUAUAUAGAAACAAAAGAUAUUCUAUAUAAUACAAAUAUAAUACAAGAAAUAACUGGAUUAUAUUUAGAAGUUAAAACAAUACUUGAUCGUGAAUUAUGUGAUCAUUAUAUACUUGAAGUGAAAGCAUAUGAUUCAUCAUCUAUAACAAAUACAUGA